AUGAGUUUGUUAUCCAAUGGCAAUUGCAACCAAAGCUUAGGUAACAUCCCUAUUUCAAAAACAGUACAAGAGAGGGUGUACGACGAUGAUACUGAUGCUGACAGUCCGCUCGAAACCCGUAGAACCUCAUGCAAUAUUACAAAACUCCCUGAUGACUGUCUAAACAUUAUAUUCAAUUGUUUAACAACUUUAGAUCAUAAGUCAACUAGAGAUGAUAGUAAUUCCUCUGGAUUAACUUGUCGUCAAUGGCUUCACAUUCAAAACGGCAAUUGUAAAGUCUUAAAGUUGGCUGAUCCUAAAAAUGAAAGCUUUGCGGUGGUUCUUUUUAAGUUGUUGGGUCGAUUCCAGUAUCUCAAACAUUUGUUUCUAAAAAGUGAUAUCCCAGAGAUAACUGCUUUUCUUAUAUCAAAGCCACCAUGUUUUGAAUCCAAAGUACAACAUCUGAACUUAGAUCACUGCUACAAGAAUUCAGAUUCCGAAUUCUCUUCAAUGUUUUCUUGCUUUCCUCAUUUGACAUCUAUAAGUUUAGGAUCGAUUCACAGCCUAAGUUUGGGAUCUUUUUAUAUUACUGAUAAAGGUUUAGAGGCCUUGGCAAAAUGUUGUUCAUUCUUAGAGGAGGUUAGACUCUCAGGUUGUGAAUCGAUAACUGAUUCAGGAAUAAGAUUUCUCUUACAAAAUUGUAGAAAACUGCAUUCACUUUGUAUUAGAUCUUGCGGCAAAAUAACUGGUAUUGGCUUUCUUGAGUGUCCAAAGACUUUAACCCGUUUUGAAGCAAGUAUGUGCAAACUUAAACCAGAGGGGAUUAAAGCAGUUGUUAGUGGUGGCGGGCUCGAACAUCUAAGUUUCUAUGAAUUUUCCAAGGCUGGAGAAGGAUCUAUUAAUACUCAAGCAGUUGUUACGAUUUCAAAAGGUUGUCCUUUAUUAAAGAAACUCUGCCUAAGAAACUGUAAGGAUGUAGAGCUAGAAGGAUGGGAAGCUAUUGGUCGGAAUUGCAAGAAUUUGGAAAUCCUCGGCGUGCGGCGGUGCAGAAAGUUAUGCGAUGAAGGCUUGCAAGCUUUGGGUAAUGGCUGUAACAAGCUCUACGAAUUAUGGCUAGACACUGAGCAGAGUUAUAGCAGCUUUGCCAUUGAACUUUUCAAGCGCGAAAAACCCCAAUGUUAUAUUCAUUUCUAUAUAUUAUCCUAA